AUGCCUGAUGAUCUUCGUAGUGUUGGUGUUGAAGUUCCUCCUGAUGUUCAUGUAGUCAGUUUUCCUGCUAAUCUGCCUGAUCCUUCUGAUGGUUUAUCUGUGCAUUCUUUGCGACAAUUUGUUAAUGAUUUUCCUGGUACUCAGAAUUUUCCUUAUGGUUUGUCUGAUGGGGUUUGUGGUGCAGGGUGUUCUGAUGGUCCUAGAGAGGUGUCUGAUGUGGCUGCAGCUUCAGAACCUUCUCUAAUUCCACAGUCAGUUCCUGAUAAUUCUGCUGCUGAUGAUGUUGACGUUGUUCCAAUUGGAGCCUCUGGUAAAGAACAGGGUGAUGUGUCUAAUAGACAUCCCAUGGUGACCAGGAGCAAGAAUGGCAUUCGGAAACCUAGGGUGUUUCUUGCAGCAAAGAAGUUACAGUCUGAAGUUGAACCUACCACUAUUGAGGAAGCGUUUCUUAUUUGUUGUAAGUGGAAGAAAAAUGCUGAUGGAACUAUUGCUCGCUACAAAGCUUGGCUUGUUGCUAAGGGGUAUUUGCAACAAGCUGGUCGUGAUUAUGAUGAAACCUUUAGCCCGGUUGCCAAACCGCCACCUGGUUAUGAGGCAGGUGAUAAAAAGUCAGAUGACUCUCUGUUUGUGAAAUGUAUUGGUCAUAAGUUGGUCUAUCUCAUAGUUUAUGUAGAUAAUAUCAUUGUUACUGGGAAUGAUUCUGCUCAGGUUGAAACAGUUAUUUCUAACCUUGACAAAGAUUUUUCUUUGAAAGAUCUUAGUCAGCUGAAUUAUUUUUUGGGUGUUCAGGUUACCUAUACUUCUCGCGGAGUUUUUCUUAUCAGCAAUCUUGUUGAGCAUUUUCAUGCUGUUAAACGAAUCUUGAGGUAUCUUCAAGGUACUCUUGACUUUGGGCUGCGUUUUACUAAGUCUUCUCGGUUGUCUUUUACAGGAUAUACUCAUGCAGAUUAG